ACCAACUGGAAAGGAAAGAGGGGGACCUCAUGCGGCAGCCUGCUGUGAGUGCUGUGAAUGACUUCCUGCCCAAACCGUCAGAAUCAGCUGCCCCUCAGAAGCAGCGCACCAGUCUCCAGCACCAUGAACACCCAGGCUGGAAUGCAAGACAGCCUUGAGACUUACUUCGAGAGGAGUGUGGAAAUUGAGAUAACCAACGAAUCACGGGAUGUGACCCUCCAUUCCCCCAGGAGUUACUGCUUCAGUGGCCACAGCCUCCUACCUCCUUCCCCCCGAAUCCCGCCAGGAUCCAAGGAGAGCUGUCUGUUCACAAAGGGACGGUACAGCUUUCGUGGAAGCGUGGGGCUGCUGGUGUACAACUCAGACGCCUUCACCCUUGCCAUCAUGUUCUCCAACCCCUUUGACUACAACCUCUACUGUGUUGAGUUUGGCCUCGAGAUCUGCCCAGGCAAAGAGCACCUUGGUGACAUGGAGGAAGUCUACGCAAGGAUGUACAAUUAUAUGCCGGCCAACAGCUGCACAACAUUCAAGAAAGCCAAGCUGGGCCAAUGCCAGGAAGCGCUUGUGGUCACCUCAGGGAAUAUCCGUGUCAUGGCCACCAUGUCCAAUGCUGCCAAAGCAGUCAUUAAAGUGCUUGUGGAGGAAAAAGGGAACCCACCUCCCUACUCAAAGAACCCGAUUUACUACAAGACACGCUCCUAGAGUAAGGGCUGCUGCUGCCACUGACAUCCAGCCUAAGACAUGAAAUGACUCCGCAUGGGCCUUAUCUACAGGAAGAAAUAAUCCACUACUGUGUAGACACCGGCUAGUGCAGGAACCUGCCUAGGGACAGAACUGGCCCCCACUUAUCAUAGUGCUUGGAAAGAGCAUAGACACUGCAAGAGGUGUCUAAGGCCAGAAGGGACCAUUGUGAUCAUUUAGUCAUAUAUCCUGUAUAAUACAGUCCAGAAAACUCCCCCCAGAUAAUUCCUCUUGAACUAGAGCAUCUCUAAUAAAAUAAAUAAUGUCUCAAAGACAAUCUUGUGACCCUGGCUUUGAAUUGGCUCCAUGUUGUUCACAUUGUGUUAGCCGCAGGUGGGAAAGUGAAUUCAUAACAGGCAUAAAUAAUGUCUGAUCCUUUCCUCAUCUAUUGCCCUUUUAGAAUGGUGUAAACCCAUUGCAGGCAGUAGGUGACUCUGAAUUGACCCCCUGGGAACUGAGAUCAGAAUCUGGCCCUGACCCCAUGUCAGGCAGUGGGUGACUCCAGAUUUACCCCGGGGGAACUGAGAUCUGAAUAUGGCCCAGUACAGAAUCAAUAACAUUUUCAUUCUAGGUUCCAUUUAUUUCAGACUAAGGAAAAAAUACAAAGAAUAAAUAUAAA